AUGUCUACAACCGACACAGGAGUCUCGGCAAGCGGUUCCCAGCAAGCUGUGGCCGAAGCAUCCUCGUCACGCGUAGUACCCAAGCCUGUGCCUCAGAGCCAGAGCCAGGAUACCAGGGCUUAUCAACUUCAGCAGUUAAGGAAGCGCUAUUCCCCCAAAGAAAUCACGCCGAACGGCGACGGCGGCGUCACCUUUCUGCAGUUCAGUAUUAAGCCUUCAGACCCAGAUUUCCCUUAUGAGCUCGACCACCUUGACGUCGAGCUCCGGGUCCCAUCCUCAUACCCCAAAGAACCGCCAUCGUUGAGCGUCGAAAACCGAGACAUACCUCGCGGGUUUCGCAUCAACAUUGAGCGCGGAUGGGACAAGCUCGUGGCGGAACGGAAGGGUGCCUCCACGCUGCUUUCGCUCACAAAUGCGCUGGACAGGAAACUCGAGUCCUUCUUGUCAGAGCAAAAGGCCGAGACGGUCAAGAUGACCAUCUUCAAGGACACGAGGCACCUCGACGCGAUUGCUGCUGAGGCUGUCAGCCAGCCGGAGACUGUGGUGCAGCCGCCUCCACAGAGGCGACCUCUGUACCGGCCCGAGACCUUUACCAGAGAACAGAUCGCAGAGGCAAAGGCUAUAAGAGCGCAGGAGACGAGGCAGCUCGAGGCGCGGAUGGGCCGGCUCCCGCUGUACCAAAAUUCGAGCGAUGGCAUCGUGUAUACCCUUCCGCUCGAUCCUAAGAGGCGGUCCGAGCUCCCCGUCGGUCUGAGACCCGUUAAGUCGGUGCAGCUCAUCAUACCACUCCUUUACCCACUGCAGCAAAUCCGGGUCCUGCUCAACGACGUCGAGUCCGACGAGGCCGAACCCGUGGAGGAGAUAUUUGCCGAAAAGGCGGCAGCACAGCGGGCCAUGAGCUUGAUGAGCCACCUCAACUACCUCACGCAGAAUAUCCACGUGCUGGCGAAGCAGGCCCAGGCGAAUAGAGAGGCUUCUUUGGCUGCGGAGAGCAUGAAGGCCAAGGUUGAAUCCAAGGCUGAAGAUGUGGAUGGCUAUGGGAAGGCAGCUGCUCAUGUGUCAUCGCUGGAUGAUGUCAAGGGCCAUGUCAAGGUCAUCCCACGGCCGCCGGAGUGGUCGUAUGGAAAUGCGGGCGAGUCGGAAUCCGAUUCAGAGGACUCGUAUGAUUCGGACGAGGAUGGACAAGGCGGUGCAAGUCUUGGUCCCCCAGAUUCCCAAGGGGCUACAUCAAGUUCCACACGGAUAGCCGAGAAGGGCACCGCAAUUACAUUUCCAUCCAUCGAGCUUCAUGGCGUCGAAAUACUCGAGAUCAACACUCUGAGCAUUAUCGCCAAGUGCUUGCGCUGCAAGACAAACAACGACCUGAGUGGCCUCAAGCCCAACGUAGACAAGGUCAGCAGCUGCAAAAAAUGCGCCACCGAGUUCGUCGCCACCUUUCGUCCAGAGUUCGUCCACCAAAACUCCACUAGAGCCGGCUUCAUCAACCUCUCGGGCUGCACAGUCACCGACCUCCUCCCCAGCACCUUCGUGCCGACGUGCAGCAAAUGUUCGACGGCAGCGGCGCAGGGGUUCGUGUCGGUGCGCGGAGAUGCCACGACCAACGUCUGCCGCGAGUGCCACGGCCGCUUCACCUUCAAGAUCCCCGAGGUCAAGCUGCAGAGCUACAACUCGGGGGCCUCCGGCUCGCUCCCUCCGACCAGCGGGCCCCGACGCAGGCAAGAGAAGCUGGGCCUGCACGUCGGCGAACCACUACCGGCCAGGGGCGCUUGCGAGCACUACAAGAAGAGUUACCGCUGGUUCCGUUUCAGCUGCUGCGACAGGGUGUCGGCGUGCGACAAGUGCCACGACGCCGAGGCGGAUGGCCACGUGCACGAGUGGGCAAACCGCAUGAUUUGUGGGUGGUGUUCCCGCGAGCAGAAUUACCGCGUCGACAGCUGUGGCUUUUGCGGACGGAGCGUCGUCGGGAGGAGGGGUACCGGGUAUUGGGAGGGUGGUAAGGGGACGAGGGAUCAGGUGCUGAUGCGUAGGAAUGAUAAGCGGAAACAUCGGCGUAUUGGUGGUGGUGAGGGUAAAAAGAAGGAGUAA